GCGUCUGUCAUCUGUCGUCGCGAGAAGCCGCUGGGGGCGUCUUCGCUGACAAACGGAAGUGUUGGUGACGGUCUGAUAUAUCACCGCCAAACUGGGAACCGGGGAGAUGGCCGAGACUGACCCCAAGACCGUGCAGGAUCUCACCUCGGUGGUGCAGACACUCCUGCAACAGAUGCAAGACAAAUUUCAGACCAUGUCCGACCAGAUCAUUGGAAGAAUUGAUGAUAUGAGCAGUCGCAUUGAUGACCUGGAGAAGAACAUCGCAGACCUCAUGACGCAGGCUGGGGUGGAAGAACUGGAAGGCGAAAACAAGAUACCUGCCACACAAAAGAGUUGAAGGUUGCUAAUUUACACUGAAAUCUGGAACAUUGUUUUAACAAGCCAAGAGAAGACCAAAUGGCUUUUUGCAACUAAUUACUAUACGUAGACAGGUUUUAUAUUGUAAGGUGUGCAUUCUUCUAAUCACAUACUAUAUAGUUAGUUGGUAGAAUGAUUACCCUCCAUCCCCGGUUUCUUGAACAUGGUAACUACACAUCUUGGAUCUUGGUCAGUUGCGCUAUUAAAUAUUAAACACUAAAACUUUGGUGGUUCCUACAUAAAA